UCGAAAUAACUAUAAAAACCCCUUCGCCCUUGAUAUCAUUCUUUUAUAAUCUUUAUUUCUCUUUUAUAAAUAAUUAAUCACAAUGGGUGGCGUUAUGAAUUUUAUCCGACAAGCUAAAAACAAGCCUGAAAUCUUCCCUCUUGUUGGUAUCCUUGGUUUUGCUGUAAGUGGUGCCAUUUUUAUGUCUGUCCAUCAAGCCCGUGCCCCUGAUGUGGUUUGGAAUCAUAAAGAUAAUAAAUACCCAUGGCAAGAAAUCCGUGAUGGUGAACAAGUCAAAUUAACAACUAUCAAUCAAAAAUAUGAUAGCCGAUGGAAUCGUAGUCACUGGUAACUCUGAUCUUCACUUCUUUCAUGGAACUUAUUUCAUUAUCUUGUGUACAUAUAUGUCUUUUUUUUUAUAUCAUUAAAUAUUGCUUUCUCAUAUGCAUUUUGUUCAAUUAAUAAACCUAUAAAUUAUAAUUCAAUUAAUAAACCUAUAAUCAUUUCUUAUAAAAUGAUCUCUCUCAAGGUUAGUUUGAUAUGUGGGAUAGUAGAUUCAAGUUAAAGUGAAUUAGAGUAGUAGUUAUGGUUUUGAUGGUGAGAUAGGUGAUGGAUGAUGUAUAUGACGAACGGUUAAUUCACUCAUUAUGCUACUUGUCACGACAUUUUAAAAGAGUGAUAUUGAAACGCCGGUUUACCCAAAAAAUCGCCAGGAUAGAAUUUUUCUUUUUUUUCACUAUUUCUUUUUUUUUUUCAUCUCCCUCACAUUCCUUUCCUUCUUCAUUCACAUGACAUCAAAA